UGCUGCUACUCAUCAGUACUCACCAACACAUUCUCUUACGUUAUAAUAUAUCGAUCAAAGAAAUAAUGGCUUCGGUCCAAAAUCAAGUGGAGGUACAAGGUACCUUUAAGAAUGACACAUUUGCAAAGUUAGAGCUAAUGCACAUGGAAAUCUAUUCAGGACAUUUCGCAGAUGGAGGUCCAAAUGCAGUACUUGAGCAAGGUGAUAAAACUACUUUUAAGCAUAUUGGUGAGCCUUCUCCUGAAGGCUCUAAGGUCGGAGUGUCCUACCGUGGCCCUAACGAUGAUCAAUGGGUUUUCGCUUGGCAUGCCCCUGGACCUUACCCCGUCGAACUACCUGCCAUUGAACUAAAGAAGAAGGUGUUUGGAAAGCAUUUUAGGGCCGGAGAAAGUAUUGAUUGGAAGAAGAUCGAAAAGGAGUUAGAUGAGAGCACCACUAGUGAGAUCAAUACUCCUUACUUCAAGGCUGCACUCACCCCUGCAGGAACCAAUGCUAGGCUUGACGUGGGGUUCCUCAACCUUCCUAGGAACUAACUCAUUACUGUCUCUAAAUUCGUUCUGAAAUACUUGUAACUGAUUAUGACAUGUUAUAAAUUUGUGCGAAAAUAUAUCAUUAUCAGUUGUAAGUAUAACAGAACGAAAGAAGUAUCUAUCUUAUGAUUUUAAUAAUAAGUCAACAUCAUGACAAUGCAAGCAUUUAUGUUAUGAACUAGUAAUGUAAUGUGAUGGAGUUCCACUUAUCCAUAAUGUUCAUCUUCAUGUGGAACAAUGGAAUAAAUUUUAAUUAAAUUUA